UGAUCAGCGCAUGCGUAAACAAGACAUUGCAAAUGGCGGCGAAUGUUAUUGUUUAAUGGAGUCUGUAAUAUUUCACAAUCAUGCUUGGAUUUACCUCUAUAACAGGUAAGAUGCGUCCAAGUGAUGGUGUAAGAAAGCGAGUUUAGUAUCUCAAGAACACAUUACAGUGCAAAUGGACGGUUAAAAGUGGCUAGUGAGUGAAAAAAUCAUUUUUCACAAAAUGGUGUUUGGAACGAGUGACGUUCGCUUGGCCAUAGCUAAGACCGAAACUCAUGGCGUUUUUGCUAGAAUAACCUGCUAACGCUUGGCCAAGUCAGUGAAAACUCGAGUUAACCGCGACGCUGGGAUCUAAGUGUCAGUCGUUGUUAGCAAGUGAAGUGUUAAAUGUGAUGAUGGGGAGAAAGAAAAGUGGUUGAAAAUACGGCGGUAUCGGCGGCUUGAGGCCGUCCCUGGGCCCAGGCCCUCAACAAUUCACCACCAUCGGGAUUUACGCAAUAUUUCCACUUACCUGGACACGCCUACUUCGCCAAUGACAUGGAUGGGGAUAGUGAUGGGGGUGGCAGGUGUGGUGGUGGGAGAGGAGAGCUGAUUGAGGCAGUUCUCACCUGCGAGGGUAACAUUUGUGACCCAGAACUCCCGAAGAAACUCACCCACCUGGUACAUGUCCUCAAACAUGUCACCCAAAGUGACUCAACCUGGUUUGUGCGAAAAGUUGAGCCAUGGAACAGUGUACGAGUGACAUUCUCCAUCCCACGAGAAGCUGCCGUACGUCUACAUCAGCUGGCACAGGCAGGAGAUCAAGCACUGCGGCAGCUGGGUAUUCUUUCUGUCCAAGUAGAAGGGGACCAGGUGAUUUCACUAAAGGUGGCUGGUCCCAAUAACGAGUCAACAGAAAUUGUACUGCGGACAGAUGGAGGAACCAGUGAUGGUGCGGGACCAUCCAGUGUUGCAAGAUCAGUUACAACAGCAUUGGGAGGGGCUGGACUCAUGCCUGGUGCUGCACAAGCUGUGGACAUUGCAGCAAAUCCAGCAUUUCGUAGCCCAAAUGUGGUGGCUCCCCCUGGGGAUAGUAUUCCUAUGACUCCACGCCCCAUGGCCCAGAUAAGACCACCUUUUCCAUAUGCCAGUAUGAACCGUGCUGCACAAACCAUGCAGGGUCGGGAAUUGCAGCAUCAGUCAUCGACUGUGGCAGGACCAAUGGGCCUCACUGUGACUAGUGCUGCUCCACGCCCAGUGUAUAAUCCUCCUCCACCCUAUCCUAGCCUUGAGCCAUCCCAUCUGCGUGCUCCUGGGGUUCCUGUGCAGAGACCAUCUGUACCACAAAUAAAUGGAACUCAGUAUGUGCCAGGCCAGGUUAGUGUUGGCAGCAGCAUAGCACAACCGGGGACUCAAGUGAUGCCUUCUGUUGUGCAAGCCAGUUCAAAUCAACCAAUUAGUGGGGUUUUCCCAGUGUCAGUGACUCAGACAGUGAAUAAUAGAGUACACACACAGGUAGUGAAAGGUAGCCAAAGGACAGGAGGGAGUGUGCUAAAGAACAGUCCUCUUUUGGUAGAUUUGUUACGGCAACCUGAUCACCAGCCGGGAGUUGGUGUUAGCAAGGCCAAGGUGGUUAUUGGUGGAUCACCACAUGGCUCACCUGCUCCUACAUCUCCUUCAUCUCGUUCUACAACUUCAACGCCCUCAUCUGACUCCUUACCCCACACGCCCCUCACCAACCUACCUCUACCUGCAGUGCCGGCACUUUCACCGCCUCCCACCAGCUCUGCAACUUACAGUGCUACUGUAACUGCUUCAAGUUUGACUGGAUCAACCUUGUCUACACAGUUCAGCACAGGGUUUAGUGGAGUUCAUACUCACCAGCAGGUCUAUUCUGGUGGGUCAGUUAUCACUAGUACUGUCUCACCUCAUCCCAGACUACCUAGCAGUGUUAGUAGUGGCUUGCAGCAACAUCCGCAGGCCACGGGACAACCACCACCACCAGGACCAAGAGCGCCUUACAAUACAGAACAGCGUUGCAUGACUAUAGGGAACAGCCAAAAUAUUCAUCCUAGGAUGCCUUUACUAACCUCUGGUCACUCGAGUGUUUUGGGCGAAUCGCGUGCAGUCCCUCCUUCACCGCCUCAACCUGUGCCUGGUGCCAAGGAGAGUCAGUACCUGAUCAACCCUAAUACUGGGCUGUUGGAACCAAGGCCAAGUGAAAGCUCAGACUCUGACUCAGAGGUUAGACCAACAGUGACUGAAGAAAUUCAUUCAAAUUCUCUUGUAUCUGAUGAAGAAUCUAACAUAAGUGCAACUUCAAAGAAAGAAACUGAUCAGUCAGAUUCUGAAACUUCUAGAAUGUCGGUGCUCAGUGUUGAAUCGAGAAAGACCGUGAUAAGUCAGGAUCGAUCAAAAUCUCACGAUAGAGAUACCAGUCCAGGAUCAUCAAGGGAGAACAGUGUAGUUAGUUCUGCUAGUACGGGGGAAUCUAUCAGAUUAAAACUUACAAUUGGGAGAGAAGCAGUGGCACAAGCUACUUUUGUUCCAAGAGUGAAAAAAGGUGACCGUAAGGAAAUUUCUAACUCAAGUUUAGGUUCACAGUCGGUAAGCGAGCCAAGAAUACCAAAAUUGCAUAUUAACUUAAAAUCUAGACAAGCAGUUAUUGUUAAUCCUCUUGGGGAUGGAGAUGGUCAAAGAAGUCAAGAGAAAGAUGGCUGUAAAGAGGAUAAAAAUAAGAGGAGGAGUUACAGAAACAAAUCGCGAAGUAGUGAAUCUGACAGUGACAGUGGAAAAAGAGGGUUUAAGUUCAAAAGUAGUAAAGACAGAGGAGGGGGGGUAGAGAGUAAUUCUGUGCUGAAAACUGUUGAUGGUAAAAAACUUAAGGUUGAUGUGGAGGAGGAGGAAGCUUCUUUGAAAAUGAAAUUCAAGGAAGGCUUGGAGGGCAGGUUAAAAGCUCCAAGAACUUUAGAAGAUGGUCGUUUGUCUGUGAUGAAAUCAGAAAGUUCUAAAAUUUCAAAACCUGAAAAGUUGCGAGCAAGACUGAAAACUAAAACGCCCAUCAGAAAAGUUGGAGACUUGAAUAGUGUAGGUGAAAUUGCUAGUCACAAAAUUUUAGAGACAUUGCCCCCUAGCAUCACCAAAGUGGCAGCUUUACAUACGCAGCAGCCACACAUAAAUCCCUCCUCAUCCUCCAGCCAAUCCUCGGUGAUACCUUCUUGUCUUGGAUCAACAUUAUCAUCAAUGCCUGGUUCUACUACUACACAAACUGCUGGAGAACUGUUUAAAGUAGAACUUGAAAAAAGAGGGAGUGAAAUAAUAAGAAAAUCAGAUUUUAAAAGUGAUAUUGAAAAGAAAAGUGAUAGCCUAAUGAGUAGAUUACGUGCGAACAAUCUAUCAAAUUUACUAAAUGGAGAUUUGACUCAUGGAGAAAAGUUGUCAUUGGGUCGUGUGCGACAAAAAACGACAGGUGUUGGUCAGCAUCAGGCAGAUGGACCAAGUAGUAGCAAGGUGACAAUCAAGAGAAAAGGCUCAGGGGAAAUGCACACUCUUGAGUCCCUUAAGAAGGAUCUUCCUGAAGGCCUGGGCAACAUCCCCAAGUACCUGAAUUCUUCAGUGAUGAUCAAUAAGGUCUCACACUCACCGGAGAAGUUGCCCUCCCUUCGUCAUGAAGAUUCUAAUGAAAAAGGUGUUAAGAAAUUGGAUGUUCUUAAGCAUACUGUGUGUACAGAUUUAGCAAGCUUAAAAGCAAAUUCUGAUAUCACCAUCCACAGUGUGACUAAGAAUGAAACAUUGAGUUAUAGUAAAUCCAGUGAUGGUGAGAGUAGGAGCCCAAAUAAAUGUAAAAGUGAAGUGACCAAAGUGGGGAGAGUGACUCACUUGGAUGUGAAUGAUAGAAAAGCAUUGCAGGAGGCACUCAAGAGCUCGCAGAGCUCUAACAAAAAAAAAAAAAUAUACUAA